CGCUGGAGGUGGCGGGGGCCAGCGCCAGUUGCAGACCUGGAGGUCCGUGCCCCAUCAACAACAAUGACCCCGACCUCCAGAAGGCCCUCCUCGUCGCCACCAACUACUACAACACCCAAUCAAAAGACUCCUUCCUCUACAAAAUCUCCUCCAUCAAAAAGGCACGGAGUCAGGUUGUUGAAGGGACUUUGUACAUCGUGGAUUUGGCGAUUUCCAGGACCGUCUGCCGUAAACCCCCCAGCGUCCAAAAUCUGUCCAAAUGCAACUUUCAGGCUCCUCGCAAGACGCUUCAGUGUCACGUUGAGGUUUUGGUGGUUCCCGGGCAGAAAAAGACCAGGACUCUGGAGUUCAGCUGUAAAGCCUGA